AUGGCGGCGAACACGCAGAAGAAUAACAAGCGAAGGAAACCUGGAGGAAAGGAGUCGUCGCAGCCUUUGAUAAUUGCCAAAACUCAGGCGGAGGAGCAGCGCCUGGAGUUGGAGAAGUUGAUGCGGAACCCGGAUAGGCCGGAUCCCAUUCCAGACCGGCCAAAGGAGUGGAACCCGCGGGCUACUCCGGAGUUCGUCCGGGAUGUGAUGGGUGCCGGCGCCGGUGCGGGCAGCGGGGAGUUCUACGUUUGCCGGCGCCUCCGACGCAGGGAGUACCAAGGGCGGGAAUUUCUGGACAGGAUGUCGGGUAAAGUGAAUGAGGACAUCGAGUGUCUCGAUGAAGUGGAGCUGAGCAAACGGGCGGCCGGAGAUGGAGCAGCGGGGCGCGGGAGGAAGCGAAAAAGACUGAGGCGCAAGAUGCGGAUAGCAAAGAUAGAGAAGAAGGAGAUGAGGAAGAAAGCCAAAGACGCAAGAAACACCUCCUCAGAGAAGAUGGAGGAAGCUUCUGGUGAUUCAGCUCCAGCUGGACAACAGUAA